AUGAGCAACGGCGAGAUAGUCCCGGGUAGCGUUUACCUCUACGAUCCAGUGAAUUGGGCUCCGCCAAUGUUCACAGCAUGGUUCGCGGUCGCAACAAUCGCGCACAUAUGUCAAUGUAUCAAAUACAAAGCAUGGAAGGUCACAGGCCUUCAUCCCGUCUGUGGCCUUCUUUUUACAGCAGGAUUCGCCCUUCGAUCCUAUGGCGCAAUUCAUUACAAAGACGUCAAUGUGUAUAUUGCGAGCACCAUACUCAUAUACUGCGCUCCCCCCAUCCUCGAGCUAGCCAACUACCACGUACUUGGUCGCAUCCUUUACUACGUCCCUUACUACUCGCCCCUCCAUCCAGGCCGCACUCUGACCACCUUUGGCUUCGUGUCGAGCAUUGUCGAAGUUCUUAAUGCUAUCGGUGUUGCCUGGAUUGCCAACCCAAACGUCCCCAGGUCAUACAUCAAGAGAGGAGAUGUGCUUUUGAAAGCAUCACUGGUCUUGCAGGUCGGUGUAAUCACCGUAUUCUGCAUCAUCGUUGGCAUCUUCCAUGCACGAUGCAUAAGGGGAGGAAUUACCACCCGCAAGGUACGAGGCCCGCUCGUAACGCUGUACUUGAGCAUGAUGCUCAUCCUCCUUCGCACCGUCUACCGCAUAAUCGAACAUUUUGGAACCACCGCCAUUCAUGAACAUUCAUCACCAGACUGGGAUCCUCAGACACUCUCUCCCGUCUUGAGGUAUGAAUGGUUUUUCUGGGUUUUCGAAGCAAGUCCCAUGCUGGUAAACUCCAUAUUAUGGAACUACCGGCAUCCACGCCACUAUCUACCGGAAGACUACCAUGUAUACGUGGCACAGAAUGGUCGGACUGAGCUACAAGGCCCGGGUUGGAAGGAUGAUAUGCCUUGGUGGAUGACUUUUAUCGACCCUUGCGGGCUGACAGCUUCAUUGACUGGCAGUAAGAGAAAAGAGAAACCAUUUUGGGAGAGUAAUGGGUAUCAGGCUAUUGACCUGGAGGAGGGCGGGGGUAACGAUGCAUCACAAAGCGCAAGCUAA